AUGAUUGGUCGAAGAGGUCUGCCCACAGAUAUAUUCUGUGAUAAUGCUACAAAUUUUGUUGGUGCAAAUUCUAAGUUGGCUCAAUUAAAGUCGUUCCUGGCACCAAAUUUUGGCGGAUUGUGGGAGGCGGCCGUCAAAUGGGCCAAAGGUCACCUAACAAGGACCCUCGACAACACAAGGCUCACAUAUGAGGAACUUGCAACUGCAAUGGUCGAAAUAGAGGCAAGUGACUUUAAAGCUCUUACACCAGGCCAUUUCCUGAUAGGCGCUCCCCUACGUAGUUUGCCAGAACGUGAUGUCCCUGCAAUUGAAAUUAAUAAACUUGAGUAUUGGGCCCGAAUAAGCGCCAUAAAACAACAAUUUUGGUAG